ACUCGUCGGCAGCGGUCGACGAGGGCGAACACCAGGCCGCUCAGCUCGGCUCAGGAUACGGGCACGAGUCAGCCCCCAUCAGAGGAGACGAAAAAUGACGAUCAGGGCAUACUCAAGACCUGAAAAUGGAACUUGGGAGUAAGUUGCUGGCAUGAUCUGGACAACACAGAAUACGACUGUUGGCCGAUCAACAAUCCAAAUGAUUACAAUAUGAUUAGCUGUGGUGGUCUGGAAAUGGCCUGGGUUCAGCGUCCUCCAGAGAAAGUAACCAAUGGGGAAGAGUUCAAUGUCUCAUACACGGUGACGGCCUCAGAUUCCUUCUAUGAGUACGCAGUCAGGAACAAGAUUUUCCAGUUCAGCGAGGCUUCAGAGGUAAAGAGGUUUUGUCAUGAACACGAGUGUCCGGCAAACUGGAACAACGCCAAUGAAAUGAACUGCUGCGUGUAUCACGCCAACAUCCACUCCUGUCCUCUGGGCCUCAUGAAACAAGGUGGAAUCUGUGGCCCAUGGAUUCCUGAUGAUGGUAAAAUAGUGACUCACACUGUAUCCAAAGCAGGCAAGAUGACCCAGAAAUACUGGACUUCAAAGGUGGUGCUGAUCCAUGUGGGAGUCACCUCAGUCAUCGCUCAUAUCAAAAUAGGACAGAUGCAUGCAGCUCUGGAGUCCAAAGUACUUGUUGUCAGUGCCCAAGUGUGCGGGGAUGACGUCUGCGAGCUGGAGGAGAACUGUCUGAACUGUCCUGCAGACUGCGGCAUCUGCCCAAUGUCCAUCAUGAUUAAAAUAGCCAUCGGGCUUCCAGUCGCCCUCUUCAGCAGUGGUUUCAUCCUAACCAUGGUGUGGCUUCAGUACCAGAAACAAAAAAUGUUUUGGGAUGAAAGCUGGAUCAUCAACUACAAGAACAUAAUAUUUGGUAGAGUGUGCAGGAUGGGCAUCAGCAGCACCACUAGCCUGCAGCGCAUCAAGAGCAACUCCACUGUCAGUCGAACUAGUGAUGUGACCAUGUGCACCGGGGUCAACACCUCCUUCACCCAAGGCUUCAUCCAGCCAGGCAUAUAUGAUGGGAGGAUGGUAGCAGUGAAACACAUCCAGAAGAAACAUUUCACCCUGUCUAAAACCAUCAGGAAGGAGGUGAAAGAAGUCAGGCAACUGGACCACCCCAAUCUAUGCAAGUUCAUUGGUGGGUCCAUUGAUGUGCCCUAUGUGAGCAUCAUCACAGAGCACUGCCCCAAAGGAAGCCUGUCUGAUGUCCUGCUGAAUGAUGACAUCCCCAUCAACUGGGGCUUCAGGCUGUCCUUUGCCACUGACAUCGCCCGUGGGAUGUCUUACCUUCACCAGCACAAGAUGUUUCAUGGGAGACUUCACUCCAGAAACUGUGUUAUUGAUGACCGCUGGGUAUGCAAAAUCUCAGAUUAUGGGCUCACAGCCUACAGAAAGGAGGACUUUGAGGCCGUCAGUAAUGGCUUCAACUGUGGCGAUGUAAACCGUAUUUACUGUGCUCCAGAGGUCCUGUUGGGAAGCAGCUCCAACAUGACACCAGCGGCAGACAUCUACAGCUACUCCAUGAUUCUGGUAGAGAUUGCAACUCGCUCUGACCUCAUUUCAGACCAGGCUGAGGGUGUGAGAAUGGAUAUCAUGUGGCGCCCCCCUCUGCCUGAACUCAAAGCAGGGAAGGCAGAUACUGACUGUCCCAGUCAAGGAGACUACUGUGAGCUCAUUAAGAAGUGCUGGUCUCACAACAUCACCAUGAGGCCCACAUUUGAGCAGGCGAAGAAGAUGCUUGACAAGAUGAACCCACACAAAGUCAGCCCAGUGGACAUGAUGAUGAACCUGAUGGAGAAGUACAGUAAACAUCUGGAGGCCAUAGUCGCUGAGAGAACACAGGACCUUCUUCAAGAGAAACAGAAGACAGAUCGGUUGUUAUACAGUAUGUUACCAAAGCCGGUGGCUGAUGACCUCCGUCAAGGUCGAACAGCAGAGGCUCAGAGCUUCUCCAUUGCCACUGUCUACUUCAGCGACAUUGUUGGAUUUACUCAGCUGUCUGGUGCCAGCACUCCCCACCAGGUAGUCGACUUCCUCAACCAGCUCUACACCACCUUCGAUGACAUUAUUGACAAUUACGAUGUCUACAAAGUGGAGACGAUAGGCGAUGCUUACAUGGUGGUCUCUGGGGUCCCUAAAGAAAAUGGCAUCAAUCAUGCUGGAGAGAUAGCCAGCAUGGCCCUGGAUCUGGUCAGUGUCUGCCACAACUUCAAGAUUCCCCAUAAGCCCAACACGCAGCUAAAGAUCCGUGCUGGCAUCCACUCAGGACCUGUUGUGGCUGGUGUGGUUGGCACCAAAAUGCCACGCUACUGCCUCUUUGGGGACACGGUCAACACAGCAUCACGGAUGGAAUCAACUAGUGAAGCUCUGAAAAUCCAGGUGAGUGGUGCCACAGCUGACCUGCUUCACUCACUCAGAGGUUAUGUCCUGACCUGCAGAGGAACACUUAAUGUGAAGGGCAAGGGCGAGAUGACAACAUGGUGGCUUGAAGCAAAGAGAGACGAUCAUGCAGACCCGCUGCUCAGAAUGUCUGAAUCCAGUGAAGUCCCAGUUCCAGUUUGUGACUAAAUCUGGAUCAACUCUAAAAUGCGAAAAUAGGUUUGGUGUUGUGAAAUUGAACUGUUUCAGUUGAACAAGGAACUUUAUUAUGGUUAAAAGAUAGAUAUUAUGACAUUAAGUUAUGAGAUGAAAAAUCAUCAUGAAUUUAGAUGUCACAGUGCACUGUAAAUUCACAAGUGUUGUUUAUUUUUUUUGCACUAAAAAUAUGCAGAAAAACAUGUCAGAGCUGAGGACACGCUGUUUUUGUCACACAUUAUUAUUAAUACUCUAUCAUAUAUAACUCUAUUUGUAUUGUUGAAAUCUUAGGCACUUUUCUGAUACAUUAGAAAAAAAGGAGAUAUUCACUGCCUGAAAACUAACUUACAUUUCAAACAUUCUGACAAAGAACUGGAAUCUGACAAUACGUGUCACACUUGGAAAAGCGAAGCUGUAAUUGAUAAACUAGAUAAUGUCACUGGUUUCAGUUCCCUGAAAUAAUAAUAAUAAAAAAAAACUGAACCAUUGUUAUCAUUGUUAGUUCCAAGUGUUGAUUUUCCUAAAAAUGGAUGUAGGAAUUUGGAACCAAACUCCUCCAUUAAAGCUACUUGGGAGUUUGCUUUGAAUUUUCUAAAUUCCAGAGUAGAUUUGAUACACACAAACACAUACACAUUACUUUUGUAGAAUAAGAAAGUACUGUUGUCUGUAGUUUUCAUGUGUAAAGUAUGGAUUACUGUGCUGUGCAGUGAAAUAUUAUACAUUGUAUUGUUCUUGAAUUCAGUGUUUACAUAAAUUGCAUUAAAGUUUUUUUUUUUUUUAC